AUGAACAAAGUUGGAUCGGCUCAUAAUGUGACCGUCUUCGGUUCGGGGGAAACCACAGUUGUCCUCGGCCAUGGUGUUUUCAGCAACCAGUCAGUAUGGAAGCACUUGGUCCCACACCUCGUGGACGACUACACUGUUAUUCUCUACGACAACAUGGGUGCUGGGACCACGGACCCCAACCUCUACGAUUUCAAGCGUUACUCAUGCAUCGAUGGCUACGUGGAAGAUUUAGUCGCCAUUUUGGACGAACUCAAAGUCGAGGGAUGCAUUUUCGUCGGGCACUCGCUGUCCCCUUUGGUGGCCGCCAUAGCCUCGAUUUCCAGGCCCAAACUGUUCAGUAAAGUGAUCAUGAUUUCCGCUACCCCGAGAAUGACAAACUCGAAGGACUACUACGGAGGCACCGACCAGGAAACGAUCGACCAUAUGAUGGCCACCUUCCAAAAGAAUCCAACAUCUUUCUACGCGGGCUUGGCCGAGCUGAUGGUGGGCGGCAGCCCGGACUCGGUGGCCGUGAAGGAGUUCAAAAGAACCCUCUUUAAGGAGCGGCCGGACAUUGCCUUACACAGGGCCGGCUGGAUAUACUCUUAUGACAUGAGGCCAUACCUCAGCCAAAUCACCGUCCCCUGCCACGUCAUCCACAGCUCCAAGGACGCGGUGGUGCCGGUGGAGGUGGCUGAGUACAUCCACCGGAGCCUGAGCGGGAGGUCGGUCUUGGAGUUGAUUCCAACAGAGGGUCACUUGCCGCAUCUCAGCUCCCCGGAGCUCACAAACCCAGUGCUGCUCCGCCAUAUACGGCAGGACAUCUAG